AUGGCGGAGUUGAUUCGGAGAGACGAAAGGGAGAGGUUGCGGGUGAAUGAGACGCUGAUGUCACUGCUUUUGAAAUUGGAUUCCGUUUGUGGAGUUGAUUCCGGUGUUAGGGACUGCAGAAAGGCUGUGAUUAAAAAGGUAAUCUCUUUGCAAGAGAAAAUUGACUUGAUUGUUUCAGCAUGUAAUCAAAUUGCAGACAAAGAUGAUUCCGAUGAAGUCCCUAAAUUGGUCAAUCAGACCGAAUACAUCCCCCAUUCCACAGGAAAUCAGGACGAAAAUGAAAAUUCGACAUAUCAGAGUGAAGUUUCUGAUCUAUUGGAGCAGAGUGUGGAAGCAGAAAAUCAAGCAGCAUUGAAUUGUAUGAAGAAAGACGAGAAAACACAAGCAGAGGGCGAAUGCGAUGCAGCGCCAUCAAUUGAGAUGUCUGAUGAGUUGCCGGAGGUAAGUGUGGAGAGAGGCGAAGUAGGAGAUGUGAUUGAAAGAAUUGAUGAGGAGGAGAAUGAAGUAGGGUUACAUGGGGAAGAUGAGAGUAGAAAAAACAGAGAGUUGAUGGAGAAAAUGGUGGAAAAUAAUGAGAAGAUGAUGAAAAUGAUGAAUGAGAUGUGCCAGAGAAACGAAAUGCAAACGCUGAUGCUGAAUUCGCUGGCGCAGAGGGUGGCGCAAUUAGAGAAAGCUUUCCUAUGUGAUAGGUUGAAGCCAAAGCCAAAGAAAAAGAGGCAUGGUGCUUAA